UCUACUACUCUGUCCCUCUCCCCCCUCUCCCCGCUUCUUGUUGGCCUGAUAAUAAUGGAUUACAAGCUGGCAGCGCUGAAGGUGACGUGUCGUCAACUCAGGGAUGCUCGGAAGACCAACUCCACUCCUCCCUCAAUGUCUCUCUUCGGCAUCCUCUUCCAACGCGCUUGGAUCCAGGGCGUUCUUGUUUCUGGUUCUGAGGAAGGCCGCUUCCUUAUUGACGACGGCUCCGAUGUCGUUGAGCUCUCUCUCGCCAACGAGUCUAGCCCUCACAAUUGGAAAAAAGGAUUGUAUGUGAUGGUCGUUGGAUUGUACGUUCCCGCUUCGGCCGAUGACCCUGCCCUAAUCAAGGUUCACAAGAUCGUCGACCUGACACCAUACCCUGACCGAGAGGCAAUGUGGCAUCUUGAAGUCAUGGAGGCUUAUCAGUUGUUCUACCUACCUGUUCUUGAAUGACAUUUCUGUAUCUCAUGUCUAUUAGUUCUGGAUUCUAAACCCUUUUUUUUUCGCUAUCUUCUUCCUACAUUUAUCCCCCGUGCAUCCACAACUGUUUUGAUGUCAAGGAAUAUCAUUUUGUGAAAGUUUUCAGUCUCAGGCUGCGCUCAGCCACACCUGAAAUAUGCGACUGCCAUUUUCUGUUGAUGGUCUCUGAAGCUAUUGACAGUGAGCUUUUUGUUUUCCCUUUUCUUUCUCCUGGGUAUGGUCUUGCAAAAGUUUAUGCAGAUGUGUUGUGCCUCUUCAUGUGGUUCUUUUCCUUUCAUAUAAGCAUGUACAGGUGAAAUACAGAGGCAAGGUGCUCAAGUCGAAAUUCAUUACUCCAAUUUUCCACUAUGUAGAAAAUUGUUUGUAGGGUUUUUAUGUUGAGUCAAUUUCCGCAGUAAAUGGUAUUUUCAGGAUUGUAAAUUGCAAAUGUCAAUUGUUGGGACAGCUGUCAAAACAUUUACGACGAUCGAUCUAGCGUGUAUGUACCUUGGGUUCUUUUUUACGCAGAAGUUGUAAACCUUGGAUUAAUGUACUCAUUUCCACUUAUUUUA